UUUAUGUACCGUGUUUGUUGGCAUAAAUACUCCAGUGCUCCAGUGUCUACCAUCAUCACUCCCCAACUACAGCUUUUUUUCUACGAGUCGUUAAUUACCACGAAUGCAGAUGAAUAAAUGACAAUGCUUGAACAUCACAUUUUAGUUUAAAAAUGUCAGUGUCAGCAGUGAUCUCACAUUACUCCUCUGCACUGGUGAAGCUAACCUCGACGUAGUGUUGGAAAAUGGGGAACUAUGCGGGUAACAUUAUUAUAUAUCUGCUAGUAUUGUUUGCCCUGGGUGUCAUCUAUGGAACGACACAAAUUGUCAAGUCCUUCACAGACACUCAGGGGGAUAUUCUGAAGCCCUCAGUCUCCUACAGCUGGAUCAUCAGGCUGUGCCUCAAUGUAUUGGGGUAUGGAACUGUUUUAUUGCCAGGGUACUUGGUGUACAAGUACGUUUGCUUCAGCAAAUAUCUGCAGAGAGGUGGUUCGGGAUUUCUAGCGAAAUUAAUUGGAAAAUGUUUCGUGGGAAGUGGAGAAUCGGGUCUACUAGACUCGCCAUCGUAUACGCCACAAGCCAAUGGAUCGAGAGACCCUCACACAUUCUCUCAGGAUGCAAUCCUCCUCAUGUACUGUUUCUUCGGACUGCAGUUCAGUUACUUGACGUGGGGAUAUCUCCAGGAGAAAAUUAUGACUCAGGAAUAUGUAAAUACCGCUGGUGAGAAGCAACACUUCCACGACUCUCAAUUCCUGGUGUUCGUCAAUCGAAUACUAGCCUUCAUAAUGUCGGCCCUGUACCUGAUGGUGAAGCGUCAGCCUCGUCAUGUGACGCCCCUCUACAAGUACGCAUUCUGCUCACUAUCCAACGUGAUGAGCAGUUGGUGUCAGUACGAGGCCCUCAAGUUCGUGAGUUUCCCAACGCAAGUGUUGGCGAAGGCCUCGAAAAUCAUCCCAGUGAUGAUCAUGGGGAAGAUCGUGUCUCGAGCCUCGUAUGACUACUACGAGUACGUCACUGCAGCCCUCAUCUCCGUGGGAAUGACCCUCUUCAUGCUGGGGAGCAUGGAGCACGAGAAUGAUGGGGCUACGACAAUUUCGGGGAUCAUUCUUCUCGCUGGGUACAUGGUGCUUGACAGCUUCACUAGCAAUUGGCAGAAUGCUCUGUUCCAGGAGUAUGGGGCUACUAGUGUGCAAAUGAUGUGUUCUGUCAACAUGUUCUCGUGCAUGUUGACUGCUACCUCGCUUUUUCAGCAGUCCAGCUUCGCACAGACACUCGAAUUUGUUACGAAGUUUCCAGUAUUCAUCGUCGACUGUCUGCUUAUAUCGAUAUGUUCCGCCAGUGGUCAAUUAUUUAUUUUCUAUACGAUAGCAAAAUUUGGAGCUGUAACAUUUGUGAUAAUAAUGACGAUACGUCAGGGAUUAGCAAUAUUGUUGUCUUGCUUAGUCUACAACCAUCGAAUAACUUCGUUCGGAGUGAUAGGUGUCCUCCUAGUAUUCGGCUCGAUAUUCCUGAGAAUAUACUGUGGAAAUCGGUUACGAGCUCUUCGCAAUCGCAGUCGAGAGAAUGCACCUGUAAAAGAUUGAGUGUUUUUUAUCAACGAAAAAAUCUAGAAAGCUUCGUAAUUAUAUUUUGCUGAGAAUCGGAACAAUUAUUUACCAUGACAAUACCGUAAAAUAUAGAUUGAGUACUUAGACUUUUCAAGACUAUACAACCAAUUUUUCAGCGAUACUAAUGAAUUAUCGCACUCUUUUUUACUAAUUUCAAUAGUACAAUAUGCGAUCAAAGCCUAUUUUGUCAAACUGUUAUCAGGCAGAAGUAUAAAAACGUUCGAGAAAAAUUGAAUAAAAAAUCUAGUGCUUUCGAUAUUUUUAUAGAAAAAAAUCUAUAGUUUGAUUUUUCUAUGUAGGUUGCACAGGCCAAUUGCUAGAGUUAAGCGAAAUUCGAGUUUCGUGGUAAAAUAAAAGAAUCACCUAGAUGGGAAUAGGAUGGCUUUCAUGCCUCCAAGAAUAUUUUAAUUAGCAGAAAAUAGUAUAUUUCAGCACG